GCCCCGUAAACCACCACCACCUCUACCUAGAUUGCUAGUAAAUGCGCCUCCCCCUUCCUGACACUCUUUCCCAGCGGCGCCAUUCCGUUCCAUCCACCGAAGGGCUCAGGUUUUGACUCCUGUGGUCAGAUCCCGCUCCAUCUCCAGCCGCACCGACUCGCCCAUCCCGCCUUCCAAGGCAUACCCUCGGCCUGACGACAUGGCUAUCGCGUUGCGCGCGCUCCUUCUGACGCUGCUCGGGAUAUUGGUACUGCUUCAAGCAUGUGAUGCGAAAUUAGUAUACCAGCCAGGAACGAUUCCUACUGAUUCCAACCUCCGAGGCGGGCCUGAGGGAGGCGGCUCGCAGCCGGCGCCGUCAAGUGGCUCAACCGGAGGUUCGGGAGCGCCGCGUUGCGCGUCCGGGCAGACGUACCGCGUGAAGGCCGCGGACACGUGCGUGCGCAUUGUGUUCCGCUACUAUAGGAAGAGCUUCGCCACUUUCCGCUCUGCUAACGGCGGACGGUCGUGCGCUGAUCUGCUGAAAGUCGGCGCGUCGUUGUGCUUGCCUCCGAAUUACCAGAGGCCUGCCUUACCGUAGUGUGUGCUCCUCCGCGCAUACAGGCUUGCUGCUAACCAUGAUUAUGCGGGGGCGUCCGCAGGUUGAUACCGCUGGCAUAAAUCCCUCUUCUAGCUCAAAAUGCAAGCCCGCGUGUGACAUCAAUAUUUACCCCUGGCUUUGUUGUGAAAAAGAAGUGUACGCUAGAUGGGGUAUUCUGUAUAAUAUGUAAUGGCCCCUAUCAAAU